AACAUUGUAUAUAGCUAAUCAUAUGUAUAGGUAGCAUAUUAGCAUAUUCUUAUUUCAAUAUUAUUAAACGACUGCUUCCAUUAUACCUAUAUGCUGCAAUUUAACCAUUCCUCUGUUAUUAGAAAAAAAUACCUAAGUGAGUGGUGGCAAACCUAACGGCAUGCAUCCUGCAGCAGGCUGUUUGUAUCAUUGAAAGCUCUGAAAGGUUCACCGUCACUGAGCUAGGCCUUUCCUAGUAAGUAGUAUCUCAGCAAACAUUUUAAUACAUUCGUUGUUGUCAUUUCAGAUUACUAUGUGAGGCUGAAUAAAAGGAGAAGAGUUUAAAGUUAUUGAUAUCCAUUUUAACCCUGGAGUUUAUACUUUAGCAGUAGUUUGUGGUAGAGUUGAUCUCGUAUUUCAUAAUGACUGUAUGUUACACUUUGAACAAUCAGAACCAAAAAAAAAAAAAAAAAAAGCAUUUGUCUCUUGGUGUCUACAGGGGAUUGACUCCAAGGCCAAUGGAGGAGGCUUUAGUAACUGGCUUGGAAAUGUAUUUCUGUUCCUUCUAUAAUAGCAGAAUCCAUGGAUGCAACUGGCAUAAUAUUUGCAUAUAAUCUACAUAUGCUUUACACUUUAAAACUCCUUCGUUGAAAUUAUGAGACUAUCAUUCAAAUGGAAGCAUUGUAGUUCUUCGGAACCAUUAUGAUCUCAAAAGAAAAGGAGAGUGAUACAGAUACUGGCUGAGGUGUUUUGAGGUGCAUCGAAGUGUUCCAAGCUGUGACUUACCUUAACAUGUUCUUGAAGUACCAUGGCGUGGAUUAAAAGGAAAUUUGGUGAGCGGCCUCCACCUAAACGACUCACUAGGGAAGCUAUGCGAAAUUAUUUAAAAGAGCGAGGGGAUCAAACAGUACUUAUUCUUCAUGCAAAAGUUGCACAGAAGUCAUAUGGAAAUGAAAAAAGGUUUUUUUGCCCUCCACCUUGUGUGUAUCUUAUGGGCAGUGGAUGGAAGAAAAAAAAAGAACAAAUGGAACGAGAUGGUUGUUCUGAGCAAGAGUCUCAACCAUGUGCAUUCAUUGGAAUAGGAAAUAGUGACCAAGAAAUGCAGCAGCUGAACUUGGAAGGAAAGAACUAUUGCACAGCCAAGACAUUGUACAUAUCUGAUUCUGACAAGAGAAAACAUUUCAUGUUGUCUGUAAAGAUGUUCUAUGGCAACAGUGAUGACAUUGGUGUGUUCCUCAGCAAGCGGAUAAAAGUCAUUUCCAAACCUUCCAAAAAGAAGCAGUCACUGAAAAAUGCUGACUUAUGCAUUGCCUCAGGAACAAAGGUGGCUUUGUUUAAUCGACUUCGAUCCCAGACAGUUAGUACCAGAUACUUGCAUGUAGAAGGAGGUAAUUUCCAUGCCAGUUCACAGCAGUGGGGAGCAUUUUACAUCCAUCUCUUGGAUGAUGAUGAAUCAGAAGGAGAAGAAUUCACAGUCCGAGAUGGUUACAUCCAUUAUGGACAAACAGUCAAGCUUGUGUGUUCAGUGACUGGCAUGGCACUCCCGAGAUUGAUAAUAAGGAAAGUUGAUAAGCAGACAGCAUUAUUGGAUGCAGACGAUCCUGUGUCACAACUACAUAAAUGUGCAUUUUACCUUAAGGAUACAGAAAGAAUGUACUUGUGCCUUUCUCAAGAGAGAAUAAUCCAAUUUCAGGCCACUCCUUGUCCAAAAGAACCAAAUAAAGAGAUGAUAAAUGAUGGAGCUUCAUGGACAAUCAUUAGCACAGAUAAAGCGGAGUAUACAUUUUAUGAAGGAAUGGGCCCUGUCCUGGCCCCCGUCACCCCUGUGCCUGUUGUGGAAAGUCUUCAGUUGAAUGGCGGCGGGGAUGUAGCAAUGCUUGAACUUACAGGACAGAAUUUCACUCCAAAUUUACGAGUAUGGUUUGGGGAUGUAGAAGCUGAAACUAUGUACAGAUGUGGAGAGAGCAUGCUUUGUGUCGUCCCAGACAUUUCUGCAUUCCGAGAAGGUUGGAGAUGGGUCCGGCAGCCAGUCCAGGUUCCAGUAACUUUGGUCCGAAAUGAUGGAAUCAUUUAUUCCACCAGCCUUACCUUUACCUACACACCAGAACCAGGGCCAAGGCCACACUGCAGUGCAGCGGGAGCAAUCCUUCGAGCCAAUUCAAGCCAAGUGCCCUCCAGUGAAUCAAACACAAACAGCGAAGGAAGUUACACAAACGCCAGCACAAAUUCAACCAGCGUCACAUCAUCUACAGCAACUGUGGUGUCCUAACCACCGUCUUUUUGCUAGGACUUAAACUGACCUGAGUGCAGCAAAAAGUUGUCAAAAAGGAAAGGAAAAAAAAUGAACAAUCUUUUGUGGUUUCUUGGGAAAACUUUUCAUACCAAGUGAUACUGUUCGAAAACCCCAUUGCCUGCGAGUGCUGGUUUGAGAUGCAGAAGCCACAGUAAAACAAACAAACAAAAAAUCAAAAUGUACAAAUUAUUGGAGAUUGAGUUUUUCGGCUGUUUUUUUGUUGUUGUUUGGUUGGCUUUUGUUUGGUUUUGUUAAAAUGGGCGAGAAAUGGAUACGUGGCUGGUAUAAAAGCUAAGCAAACUAGAAGACACAAAUCUAACCUAGUUUUUAUGGACCAAGGCACUUGUAUAAGCUUUAUUAGUAAAAGGUACAUGUUCACCAGACCUUUUUUUAUAUCACAGUAUAUAGUACAUCUUGUUACCAAAUAGGUUGUUCUCCCCACCCUCUUUGAGCUUUUGCUCUGAAAUACAUUCAGGUUCCAAGCUUGACCAUGCUUGUUGAAUACAUUACCACACCCACCCAGGUUCUUUUGGUCUAAGGCUGGAACUUUUUUUUCAAACUGAAGUCUUAUGACUUUUCAUGAGUUAAAACUGUUCUGAUUUCAGCAAGUCAAAUCUUGUAAAGGCCUGUAUACGUUUUUUUAAGAUUAUAUGAAGUCUGUGCAAAAGCUUUAAAGACAAUGCCUCUGCCUUGCCUGCAAUACAUGCAAUGUAUGUUAACUUAGUCUCCUUCUUUAGUCACUGUUGGCAGUUAUUUGUGUUUUCCUUUUUUUUUUUUUUUUUUGUUUAAAUGUAUUUAUAGUGGUAAUCCAAGAAGCUCUGACAUUCACGUGGAAUUCAUUGUGGCCGUGUAGUCAGUAAUGAGUUAACGGCACAGAAUAUGUUGAUAUUUGAAGUGUCCUCUCCCCUUCCCACACAUAAUUCAUCUGUGUGUUCCAGGGUUAGUUCAAUUUUCCCCUCCUCCUGAUGUUGUACAUAACUUGUAUUAUGUGUAAGUUAAACUUUUUUUUUUUGGAACUUGGAAUUCUCCCAGCGAUUUUUUUCAACAACCUGUUUUUUUUGCAUUGUUGGCAAAUGAUUAAAAAAAAAAAAUCAUGCGAAAUUUUUGCUACCACAUGGUAGAUGGUGCCCUUCUGGUAGAAUGAGGAAAAUCUCAGUAAAAUAUGUUGUAUUAUUGUUACUUUUUUUUUCUUUUUUUUGCCUAGGCCAGAACAUCAUUGUAAUCUUAAAACAUAAGAUGCUUCUAUUAGAUGGUCAGCUAGAAUAGCUGGAAGACAGUACCUUAGGAACAGAUGGUUGGAAGUUUAUAAAAAUGCAAAUGUAACUUAUAUUUCCAAUUUUCUUCUGCCUUUGUAUUCUCUCUUCCCCAGUACUAAGUGUCUCCACCAGUGUCUCCUACUUAGAAGAUGUGUCUUUGCCUUUCAGUUAAAGUUUGUUCUCAUUCAGGGCUGGGUACAGCCCUGCGUGGCGAUUUUGCCAGUUUUGCUUCCAUUCCCACACUUUGAUUAUUACACCUUUGUUCAGUUUCUUAAAACUACACUAGACUCACUGAGCAACAUUAGUACCGUAACUGUGUGUAACGUUAUAGGACACAGCCUAGGGACACAAUCAUCCUUCUUAGAGUAAAAACUACCUCUAGAUUGUGGUAAGCUUUUACUGUCCCAUAAAACAGGAGCCACAAGUACCUUAUGGAUGCAAAACUGUAAGUUCUCCAGUGUUCCCAGUGUCUUGCUGGUGUCCUGGGCUCUUUUGAGUUUCCUUUAAUAGACUUUAAAAAUCAGUUAUUAGGGGCAUUUUUUUUUUCAGCUUUGCUGUCUUCAUCACUCCUUUGUUUAAACUAUGCCACUGUAAAUACUUUUCCUCACAUCUUUAAAUUGCCUCUUCCUCAGUUUUCAAGGGGAAAGUCAUUUGUAAAACACGUGAGGUGGUUAAAGCAAAGUUACCGCAGUUUUCUCUUACUGCGAGCCUUUUUAAUCACCUCAGGAUACAUUGUACUAUAAAUAGCCUUUUCUCUUCAAAUCUGCUCCAGUGACUCCUUUGGGGAAUCAAAUCCUGCCUCACACCUUAAAUCUGUUUCAGUGAUCAGGGCAGAAUGCAUUGUGGCCUUAUCUUUCUUUGUUGUAACUGCUCACUGGCUGUUACUGGCAGACUUGCUUAUUUGAGUAGUAUUUAUUCUCUCUGUUGAGUCACGGAAGUAGUCGUUACACAGUGCUUUUGUUUAAUGUAAAGGUGUUGUCAGUGCUGCUUGAUUUUUUUUUUUUAAUGGGCCACAAGUUUCCUAUAUUUCUUGAUUUGGUAUUCAGUUAAAUCAUAUUAAAUUAACCAGUAACAAAUGGGAUGCUUUUUGAAGAAUAAACUAUUCCUUACUCAGCUUUUAGGUCAAAAUAAAUUUUCAGGUUCAUGGCUUUAUUAAAACGAACUUUGGUUCUUUUCAAUGUUUGUAUCUUCUUUUGGUUCUUUUUUUUUUUUCUAAUAAGAUAAUUGAAAUAUUGGACUGUAAACCUUUUUUCCUGUUUUCUUUUUUGGAAAAUCCAGAAUGUACCAAUAUAGGCAUUUUCUCCAACUAUUUUAUGCCAUUCUCAUACCACAGACCGAAGAGUGAAAUGGUAUCUGUUAUAGCUCACUGUUCAUCAGUAGUUACUUUGUCCGCUGCUUCAAAAAAAAUCUUCAUGGAUUUGUGAGUCAUUUUAUGCUUCGUUGUAUAACUUGGGAGAGUCUUGCCCUCCUCUUACAGUAGAGUUAUGUUCCUCCCCCGUGAUGACAUUAUUACAGGUGUCAGUCAUUCACCCUUAGGAACAUUCUCUGGAAUGGAGAAUGAUUACCUACAGUAUCUUUGAUUUUUUUAAAAAAUGUGUUUUGGAAGCAUUUCUUAUUCUGUCAUGAUUCUGUACAGUUUCUCAAAACAGGCAUACAACCAAAACGUGUGACCCAACACUUUCUACCAGUCUCACUGCACUUGUCACAGGGGUUGGGAAAAAAGCAAGCUAAAGAUGCCAACAACAUAGAACGCCCUUUAUAGUUUGAAUGAGUGCAGAGUUGAACACUCGUACAGUAUUCAACUCGCAGAUGACUUUCUUAAACUGUGGCAACUAAAGGUGUCCUCAUCUAGAAUUAACUAGUGAAGUAUUUUAACUAGUGAAGUGUGUGUCGCCUCUUACUACACAGACUCACUUGGCAUCGUAACUGUUAAGCUCUUUUGCCUUUGUUUUUAGUGAAACCGGUACCAUCUGUGAGCUCACAGAAAGUUCAAUGCCAUCUUUGAGAACUAACCCAACUAGUCAGGUUAACCAGGAAAUCUGAGGGGGAGGAGUUCCCUUUUGAAACAAAACGCCGUUCAAUGAUUAACCAAGUUAACUUACUUUGAUUUCAAAAGCAGCUGUGUUUCUGAUGAGUACUGAACAAAUGUGUGUAAUUUUCUGUGCCAGACUUUUGACCUUGUUUUCAAGCACUGUACUGUGGGAUGGAUGGUUAGAAACAAUAAUAUAUUAGGGUUUCUGUUUAACCCUUUCAGGACUGAACUGUAUCGCCUUUCAUUAAUUUUUCCCUGUGUCGUGAUAAAUGUUUGCCAGCAUUCAGUACUGUGUUGGUCCAGAUGUAGUUUUAUAUUCUCAUUUUUAGUUGUUUCUCGUACCUUGCAGCAUGCUCUACACAUUCAGUCCUUAAGGGGUUUAUUUUACAAACUGUGCGCCUGUAAGGUUUAUUAGCAAUAAGAUAGAAAAUCAAGCAAGUUUAUACCAUAAUUUUGUAGAAAAAAAGAAUCUGCUCAGUUCCAUAUUUCACCCAUGAAAAACCUGCAAUACGGGCAGUUUCAAGGAAUAAAUAAAAAAGAAAUGUAAACCAUUGUA